AUGAGAGACGUUGUUCUCUUCUUAUUUUUCUUCUCUGUUUUUGCUAGCGAUUUGAUUGAUCUAUACAAUAGCGUAUAUCAAGCUUUUGAAAAUAAAGCUAAUGCUCCAACAAACUGUCUUCAUUUAUAUGGUCAAUACCCAUUAAAUACUAAUUACUCACAAUCAUCAACUGAUUAUUGUUAUAGUUGUAAAACAAAUAUAUUUGAUGUGGUCACAUUAAAUUAUGACUCCAACACCGGUCUUUCCUCUCAAGUACGUGCUGAUGCUGUAUGGUUAUCAAAUGUACAAUUACCAAAAACAAAAGAUACAAAUUAUUUUGUCUCAACACCGUCUGCAUUUCUUCAAUACCCAACAAUAGAAAAACCAUUCAUUGAUCCUCCUUAUCUUGUUCCAUUAAAUGUUGUUGUUUUAUAUGAUAUUUCAUCAUCAAAUUCUCGACCUUCAACAUUAUUUAGCUUUUUUAAAAGAUUUACUUCAAUGCAGUAUCUUUAUUUCUUAACAUUCAAUCACAACCCCCAAAAUGUUCUUCAUCGUGGGAAUUGCACUACUGAUUCUAUUAAUCAACUAAUGUAUUCACUUUGUAAAAUUUCAUAUGGAGGUGGAACAAGAUAUAGAGAUGCCUUCAACAAAAUGAUUGAUGACAUCAAGCAAGACAUAUUUGAUAAGACACAAACUAUCGAUAUCUUUCUUGUUUCAGAUGGAAACGAAAUUCAGAACAGAAAGUUAUUGAGAAAAUCAUUGGACCGAUUAAAUGAAUAUAAGAUUUCUGUCCAUACUAUUGAUACUGGUGAUGGAACAUGGAAAGACAAAUUAUUUGAAAUAUCCUGUGAACAAAAUGGAUAUUAUAUAAAUUCAAACCAACAAGGAAUUGACACUUUAUUUAAUGCCCUUUGGCUUAGGUCGUUUAUUAAAAAUAAUCAGAGAAUUAUUAAUGGCCGUGCUUAUUCAGGUCUUAACUCAACAAAAGCAAUCUUAAAAGAACUAAUUUGGGAGUACGAUGACGUUAUAUUCCCUACAAGAAGUUUUGGUGUGGUUGGUGUUAUUGUUGAUCAAAAUACAAAUAUAGCAGAUGAAGAAAAAUAUAUCACAGAACCAAAAGUUACAGUUAGGGAUUUGGAUAUACAAAAAUAUGUUUUAAGAAGUUAUACAGGUGGUUUAUGUGGAAAUGAAAUAACACCAACAACAGAAGAAAUGAAUGCUAUUAAAUUAACAUUGAGGUCUAUUGACAAUUGGUAUACAAGUUCAUCAGAAACGACAGAUGUUAUUUGUAAAGAUUUUAAUCCAAAGAUAAUUGGAAGUUGUGAUGAUAAUGGAACGUGUGUAAAAAUAAAUCCAUCAAAUUAUUACCUUAAAGAAAAAUGCUCUUCCAAGCCACUUCUUAAAUUUAUUCUCUGUGUCUUUUUGCUCAUAAUAACCAUUUAA